GACUCUUGUGAUCAAUGGUUUGGUUUUUUUCUUUGGGCUAGAAUUGUUUUAUUAAAAUAAUAUCAAGAUAGACAAUAAACGGGACAUUAACGUGGAAAAGAUUUUUGCAGAACAUUUUUGCUGUAUAAAAAACGAUCUCGUUAUUUACGAUGGGAUGAUUUGAUUUCGUAUAAAGUCAUAAAAUAAUUUUUUGUUUAUUUAUUGAGUUCAGAUGAAAUUAUUUAUUUAAGUGAAGUGAAGUGUGAAUAAAUUUGUACUAUGCAAUAAAAAAAUUGCAGACUCGUAAUUUUCUUGAAUUAUUUUUCUUCUUCAAAAAAUCAGAACUUCUCCGCAUUGUUUUUGGAGAAUAAAAAUAAAUACGGCAACUCUACCGGCGAAGAAAGAACAAUUGUCAAAGACAGCAGUUGACAACAGUAGAAGUCAGUUGGAGCGCGUCCUUAUAUGGUGAAGAAUAAUUUUAUUAAAUUGUCGUCAACAUAGAGGAUAAACGGAAGGUUCACGUUUAUAAGAAUCUUGCUGAAAACUUCUUACAUAUUUCGGGUAAGCAGAGAUAGACGCUGAUCUUGUAUAUUUUCGACUUAAAAAAAACAACUUAGCAUAUCAUAACAGAUAUAUUUCUUUUGUAAAUUAUCACAAAAGGCAGUCAAACCGAUAGUAACUCAAUAAGGGUUGCGCCCUCUAUUAAAGUUUCAUCACGCCUACAAGAUAAUAUAGGAUAAAAUAGUAUUGCAGUGUACAAUUUAACUUGUCAUAGCCGCUUAUGCCACAAAGUGGUUGAUAAAAAUGUCGGUCAACUUAAAUAGUGGUACGACUUCCAAUUUAAAUCAAAACAUGGAUAAGAUAAAUGAUGAUGAUGUGUCUGCAUUCUCGGUUCAAGUAAGAGGAAAAGAAGCACUACGAUUUCAGAAUAAAAAAUUGACUCAACGGCUUAAUCAACUUAUAACCAACAAAAUAGAAUUAGAUCAACGUAUACAGAAAUUGGAGGAGAAACAAAAGAAAACUGAAGAAAUAUUGAAUAUAUUUAAUAGCCAUUGGAAUCAGUUGAAUGAAGACGUUCAUAUACUGCUGCAACACUUUAAUGCAGAAAGUCGGAGAGAUACGGGGGAGUCGGAGAGAUCAGGAGUUUUCUUUCUGAAUGAACUCUAUUCGUUGGAGAAGAAGGAAUUAAAUAUUGAAUUGGCUAACAAAGUGCAGCUAUCUAAAGAAGCAGUAACUAAAAUUGUUUCAGUUGUUAAUUAUGUUAUGGAAAGAAGUGAUAAAGUCGCAGAUGUUCUAAAAGAUAUAAUUGCUAGCAGUGGUAAUGAUGCUAUCACUUCGUCUGAAUCAGUAGAUGGAACUAUAAAGUACUUGCAUGUUAAAUUAAUGACUGAAUAUAUUGGGUUGCAAAAGAUGAACAUGAACUUAAUAACGAAAAAUCAUAAAAAAUCGCUUGAACUAAAGUUGUGUCAACAGAGACUCAACAAUUCGAGAAUUAACAGUAAUGAGCUCAACAAGCAAAUAGAAGAAGUGCGUUAUGAUUUCGGUAAAAUGAUUAACAAAAAUUUGAAACUAGAGAAUUACUUGGCAGAGUUCUUUGAAAAAAUCAAAUCUUUCCGUUUAGUAAAAAAUUCAAACAAAAAUCCAAGCGCUUUAGCAACUAAAAUGAUGGCUAAUAUAUCUCGUGAAAAAUAUGAGGAGCUGCAAGAUGAGAUGAGAGAUUGCCGUGAACUAGCUGACAAUCGUCAUGUCGAACUAGAUAAGUUACACUCAACUCAUUUAAAGACACUAAAAGAAGUCGAACAGCUGAAAAUGUAUCUCAACCACUUACCAGAAUCAGCUAUAGUAGAAACGCCAGAAUAUAAGUGCUUGCAGUCGAAAUUUUCAGUGCUGGUGAGAGAUUCGUUGCAAAUGAGAUCUUCGUUCGAAGAAAUAAAUCGGCAACUAACGCUGAGUACAAAUGUGCACUCGUUACAAAUUGAAGAAAUGGAGAGACAAGAGCAAGCUGCACAUCAGAAAUUGGAAGACGAAAUGAAGCAGAAGGCAGAUUUAAUUAAGGAGUAUCAAAUGAAAUGUAAUCGUCUACGUGCUAAAAUGAAAGAAGACAAAAUUCUCACUGAGUUAACUACGCCUAUCAAUCGCGAAAUGCAGUCUCUCAUAAAAUCUAUACUAUCUCACAACGAAGUUCUCAAAUCUGAAGUGGAAUUGUAUAAGUCCAAAUAUAACAGUUGCGCUGAUGAAAACGUCAAGAUGCUGGAAGAACUUCUAGACACUUCAAAUAAACUACAAUUAUAUAAUAUGCAAGAAACAUUAUCCGAUGAUGGAAGCAAGCAAAAGGCUAUAUGUGUGCGCACAAAAGACCCCCCAGCAUAUGAUUGUAAGCGCGCAAGUCAACAUAACAUUGGCUCUUUUUGUGAAACUUUUGGAGAUCCACCCACAGGAUUAAUUGAAGAAAUGGACUGCAAUGAUGAAGUCAAAUCUUUCAUCGCUUCACAAUGUGAUAUUCGUGUGGAACAAUCUGUAACAUCAAGUUCAUCUUCUCUAAGUCCAGAUAAUCAAUUGGAGGGAGCUAUUGUAAGUGUUGGUAGAUUCGCUGACAUGGAAUCAAAAGA